AUGCUGCUGCUGUGGAUACUUUCACUGCUGCUGGGAGCAGUAGCAGGAAAAGAAGUCUGCUAUGAAAGGCUAGGCUGCUUCAGUGAUGAUGCUCCAUGGGCAGGAAUUAUUGAAAGACCUCUGAAAAUCCUACCCUGGAGUCCAUCAGAUGUCAACACCCGCUUCCUCUUGUACACCAACGAGAACCAAGACAACUAUCAAACUAUCACUGCAGAUGCAUCCAACAUCAGGAGCUCCAAUUUCCAAACAAAUAGGAUGACCCGCUUUAUUAUUCAUGGAUUCAUAGACAAAGGAGAAGAAAAUUGGCUGGCCGAUAUGUGCAAGAACUUGUUUAAAGUGGAAAGUGUGAACUGUAUCUGUGUGGACUGGAAAGGUGGCUCCCGAACUGGAUAUACCCAGGCCUCACAGAACACCCGGAUUGUGGGAGCAGAAGUGGCAUAUUUGGUUGACUUCCUUCAGUCUCAAUUCGAAUACUCACCUUCCAAUGUCCACCUCAUUGGUCACAGCCUUGGUUCUCACAUUGCUGGGGAGGCUGGAAGAAGGACCGAAGGAGCUAUUGGACGAAUCACAGGGUUGGAUCCUGCUGAGCCUUGCUUUGAGGGUACACCUGAGCUUAUACGCUUGGACCCCAGUGAUGCUCAAUUUGUAGAUGUAAUUCAUACAGAUGCGGCCCCAAUAAUCCCUAAUUUAGGAUUUGGUAUGAGCCAAAUUUCAGGUCACCUAGAUUUCUUUCCAAAUGGUGGACUAGAGAUGCCUGGAUGUCAGAAGAAUAUUCUCUCUCAGAUUGUUGACAUUGAUGGAAUCUGGGAAGGAACUCGUGACUUCGCAGCCUGCAAUCACCUAAGAAGCUACAAGUACUAUAUUGAUAGCAUUGUCAACCCUACUGGCUUUGCUGGUUUUUCUUGCUCCUCUUACAGUGUUUUCUCUGCAAACAAGUGCUUCCCCUGUGCAAGUGAAGGAUGCCCACAGAUGGGUCAUUAUGCUGAUAGAUAUCCUGGGAAAACAAGAGCAGAGGGUCAGACAUUUUAUCUAAAUACUGGUGAUAAGAGUAAUUUUUCACUUUGGCGGUACCAGGUAACUAUCACACUGUCUGGAGAGAAGGUUACAGGACAUGCAUUAGUUUCUUUGUUUGGUACUGGAGGAAACUCUAAGCAGUUUGAGAUUUUCAAGGGCUCUCUUCAACCAGGCUCUACUCAUUCCAAUGAGAUUGACUCUGAUGUGGAUGUUGGGGAAUUACAGAAGGUUAAAUUUAUUUGGUAUAACAAUUUGAUCAACCUAUUUGGACCCAGAGUGGGAGCAUCUAGGAUCUCAGUGGAAAGAAAUGAUGGAAGAGU